AGGUCAUACUUUGUGUUCUUGUUGUGUGUUUUAUAUUACGGGUCGAGUGUGUCCAGGUCAAACCCGGUUAACCCACCCUGCUAUAUUUACACCAUCAUUUUUGGCGCCACCCGUGGGACCGAUUUUUAAAGUUUUUUCGACCAGGUCAAAACUUUACCCCCACUAAAUAUCCACAAUCAUGUCUUCGAGCAACUACAACGCUGUGUCAAGCCAGGCUGCGAGUGAAAGCACUCCUGCCAUCCCAUUGAUGAUGUCGAGCAUGGGGACGACCUUUGCUCCGAUCACCACUGUAGGAUCGAUUGGCAUGAUCCCAAUCAUGUCAACCCCUACUCCUACGCCGACGACAACAAUGUUCCCAGGCUCGAUAACAACGCCUGGUGGAGCAUUCACGCCAUACCCGUCAGCUGGGGCUCAGUUUGCUGCUGACCCGGCAAAUGCUCAGGCUCUACAGGGCUAUCAACUGGUGAUGGCCAUGAUGCAACAGGUAGGGCGCUUCAUGCCAUUUGCCUAUCCCGGCAUGACGCCACCAAUCAUGCCACCUCUGGUGUCGACCCCGUCGACAUUUGUCCCUAGGAUGGUCCCUAUACAUCCGGUGAAUUUGAUGGGGACUAUGAAUGAAGCAGCGCCCUCAAAUGUCCAUGAAAUCGAUGAGGCGGAGCAGGAGGCGGCCCGCAGGAGGAAGGGUAAGGCUAUAGCCAAACCCAGCAAGACUCGAGAUUCGGCGUUCCAACGCCUAGGGGACAAAGAGGAUGGACCCCGCAAGUCUGCCAAGCUACGUCUUGGUCCUGAGAUGGGCUGGACUAGCGCAAUGGAAAGACUUGGCGGGAAUCGUCACGCCCAAUCUCGUCGUUCUAGGGAAUUUGAGACGAUUCACCAAGACGAGGAGGAAGCAGAAAGCCAACCGAGGGCGUCGGCAUAUACCAGGCUCUCAUACGAUGAGGGUGACUUGGACAAGAUAGGGAGCGUAGCAAGGGUACAUGCGCAGAGGUUGAGACGGAAGAUUAAGCUGGACGUGGAGAAAUUCACAGGAAAGGAGGAUCCAAACGUCCACCUUGACACCUUCCACAAUGCAGCACAGAUGGCUGGGUGCACUGAUGCUGAGGAAUGCCUACUCUUCUUCUCAUCCUUGAGAGGGAGGCCGGUGGAAUGGUUUAAUGGCCUUCCCCAUGGCAGGAUCGGAAUCAAAUCCGAUUCAAGUUUGGUGGUAGGCCACAUCAAUGGCAACAUGGAGGCCAAGGGAGAGAAGAUGCAAAAGUACAGGGACUUAGCAAAGGCACUAUUGAAGGACUUGGCUGAGUAUGUGAUGGAACAAAUCCCUAGGGGGGAGAACACCGAUGCUGACUUGCUAUCAAAAUUGACGCAAGCAGCCCCGGAACAUGUCUCAAAAUUGGCCAGGAUUGAGAUGCUAGAAAAGGCUAGCAUUGAAGGGCUUUCUGUUAGCCUGAUUGAGGAAGAUGGACAGCCCAAUCCAGAUCGAGUGGAGCCAGAUGACAUUUGGAUGGAUGAUCUGGUCAGGUAUUACAUGACCGGGCAAUUCCCUGAAAAUGAGGACAGGGUGAGAAAAGUAAAGUUGAGGGCUCCAAGAUUCCAAAUGCUUGAGAGAAGGAUAUACAAAAGAGCAUUCGGUGGUCCAUUGCUAAGGUGCUUGACCAGGGCAGAGGCGGAAAGAGUGAUCGCCGAAGUUCAUGAGGGUGUCUGCGCCGCCCACCAAAUGUCCAGGACGCUCGCGCAAAGGAUCAUUUUGCUAGGUUAUUUCUGGCCUACAAUGAACCAAGAUUGCGAGAGAUAUGUCCAGAGAUGCAAGAUUUGCCAGGUAUUCUACAAGUUUCCGGGAAGGCCUGCAACAUACUACCACCCAGUUUCCAAUGUUAUUCCAUUCGCAAGGUUUGGGAUGGACAUCAUUGGGGACUUCCCUCAAGCUCAAGGGAGAAAGAAGUAUGUCAUGGUCGCUAUCGACUACUUCACAAAAUGGGUGGAGGCCGAGGCAUAUGCAACCAUCACAACCAAGCAGUGCCAGCGCUUUGUCUGGAAGAACAUCAUCACUCGGUUCGGGUCACCCCGAAACAUCGUGACGGAUAACGGGCCUCAAUUUCGGAAUCCAGGGUUCACCAAAUACUUGGAGGACUUCGGGAUUACUCACAACAAGGCUUUCGUGGCCUACCCGCAAGGGAAUGGCCGGUGGAGAAUGCGAACCGCACAAUAGUCGAUGGGAUCAAAAAGCGGUUGGGUGACGCAGGAACGAAUUAGUUAGAGGAGUUGCCACAUAUCAUCUAGGCUUACCGGGUCACUUCAAGAAGGGCCACAGGGGAGACACCCUUCGUCCGUACAUACGGGUGUGAGGCCAGACUACCCAUCGAAGCUAAAAUAAUGAACUUUCGGGAGAAGG